AUGUCGCAAAAGCGCAAAAGAUUAUCGCUCGCGGAUAAAGUUGCAAUAAUACAAGAAUUGCAAAAAGUUAAUAUGAGUUACCGUAAAGCUGGUGAAAAGUAUGGGGUGGGUAAGACGGUAAUCGGUGAAAUUUUGAAAGAAAAAGAUGAUUUGCUCAAGUUAUAUGCACAAAAUAGUAAUCUUACAGCGAAAAAAAAAUAUAAAAAGACCGGUGGUGUAACAAUUGAUUCGCUCACAUACGAGUGGUUUUGUAGAGCCAGGGCACAUAACAUUCCUGUUAGUGGGGUGCUUAUACAGGAAAAAGCCCGCGAAAUUGCCGCAGAAUUACUAAAAGAAACCCAAGGCGACCAAUUAGCAGAUUUUCAAGCUUCAUAUGGAUGGCUAACCAAAUUUCGUACCCGACAUAAAAUCGCGUACAAGAUUAUAAGUGGAGAAGCUGCAUCGGUUGACCAGGGAACCAUAGACCAAUGGAAGGUGAUUUUAAAAGACAUUGUAAAAGAUUACGAUGCCAAAGACAUUUACAAUCUCGAUGAAACGGGCUUGUUUUUUAAAGCCACACCAUCAAAAACAAUGUGCUUGCCAAACGUAAAUUGCAGUGGUAACAAAAGUCAAAAACCAAGAUUGACCGUGAUGUUAUGUGUAAAUCAAGCUGGUGAUUUUGAAGUUCCACUUAUUAUCGGCACGGCAAAACGUCCCCACUGUUUCAAAGGAGUUGACUUGAAAUCGUUGAAGAUGAGAUGGGAAAAUAACAAAAAGGCUUGGAUGACUCGAAUAAUUAUGCAGGAUUUUUUAGAAAGCUUUGAUCAAAAAAUGCAAGAUGCCAAGCGAAACGUUAUUUUGUUCAUGGACAAUGCUGGCCCUCACCCUGAUAGUAUGCAGCUAACAAAUGUAAAAAUUAUUUUUCUUCCACCUAACACGACGAGUGUCUCUCAACCGCUUGACCAAGGCAUCAUAAAAAAUUUUAAAGUCAAUUAUAGACGUCGAUUAUUAAAACAUCUCCUAAAAUUUAUUGAUAAUGAUUCCGAUUAUGAUUCUGAGAAAGUAACAAACGCCAAAAUCACAAUUCUAGAUGCAAUACAAUGGAUAAUUGCAUCUGUGAAUGAUAUUAAAAAAGAGACAGUGCGUAAUUGUUUUGUUAAAUGUGGGUUUAUAAGCCAAGAUACAGAUGAUUGUUUUAUUGAACCUGAGCUCGUAGAGCUAGAAGAAUUUGCAGAACUUUUACGACCAUAUGAAGUACACUCAGACAAUUUUUUGACAGUAGAUUCAAAUCUUGAAACUGCAGAUGAAUCGACUAAUAUACGUGAUAUUGUUUUGAAUGCAUUAAGCGAAGAAACUGACGAUAUUUCUUUAAUUGAUGAAAACGAAGUUGAAGAGCCUCAAAUAAAAAAUGUAUGCUUGAAGGAUGCAUUUCACCACGCAGAAAUGCUGAGACAUUUUUUCCUGAAGGCGGGGUGUGCAGAAGGAGUUGAGACGAGCAUAAAAAUGGAUACAUUGCUAGAAGAUAUGUUAAAAAAGAGAAAAUGGAAAUAUCCGUGCUCGUCUCAAAAGGUAAUAGAAAACUGCUACAUGUACGAUUUUCUAGAUAGUUUUGUGUCGGACGAGGAAGCUAAUAUGAACAUACAGCAAGUGAUCGAGAUUAAUAAUCAGGCGAAUUUUGUUAUGCACGGCUGGGCUAGUAAUUCUGAAUCAGCUUUAAGAGAUGUCGUGUUGAGGAAGGUCUUGGCGAGCAAGGUGGCGUGGGACGAAGUUAUUGGCGAUAAUGAGUUCGUGUUGUGGAAGGAGUGGAUUCUAAACUUUCAAAGAAUAGAGUUGAUGUCGAUAGAACGUUGUUAUCAGAGUCCUAUUGCUCAAUUUAAAACUGUGGAGUUGCACAUUUUCUGUGGUGCAAGCUUAGCUGCGUACGCAGCUAUAACAUAUUGA